CUCCGGCUUGUCUCUUUAUUAUCACGAUAAAUAGAUUUUCUCGACAAACCGAAGCUAAAGAGAUAGAGAUAUAGAUAGAUAGAUAGAUAGUUGGAUGGAUGGAUGGAUGGAUGGAUGGAUGGAUGGAUAGAUGGAUGGAUGGUUAGAUGGAUAUAGACGGAGAUAGUGAAAGAAAGCAAGAAGUGAGAGUGAGAAAGCGCGAAAAUUCGUUGGAAAUCCGACGACAUUGACAACGUCAAGGAGAAGAACAAGAAGAGAAGAAAGAGAAAGAAGAAGAAGAAGAAAAAGAAGAAAAAGAAGGAUAAGAAUAAAAAGAAGAAGGAUUUUAAAGGAGUGGUCGAUGCAAUUAUUGCAACGGAGAAUAAGAAGAGAGGAUAAAUAAAACGAAACGAACAUACAUAUAACAAGUAUCGUAGUAUUGAUACGAAGUAUAACGAAGUAUACCGAAGUAUACGAAGAAUUUCUUGUUAACGUGAUGUCAAGGUCGAUGUGCUUCGAAGGAUUCGCGACAAGGCGUGCCACCGAUUCGUGAUACAUUUAACCUGUCGUUAUUUCCAAAACGACAAACGAUCUCUACGAUCGUAUUCAACGUCAGACAAUCAUCGAUAAAGGAUUAUAUAUUCUUCUGGAAGAUCGUAAGAGAUAGGAAAGAAGAGAAGAGAAGAGAAAAAAAGAAAAACAAAUAGAAAAUUUAAAUAAAAUAAAUCGAAGAACGACAAAGGAAAGGAAAGGAAAGGAAAGGAAAGGAAAAAAGAAAAUACGUAUUUUGUAUAAUACGUAUGACAUUUAAGCGGUGUGCGUGAGUGCGCGCGCGUGUGUGUGUUUAUAUGAGAAAGAAGCGAGCGUGGUAAACACGCCCAUAAAGUGGAACGAGGGAGAUUGGCGGUGGUGGCAACGUCGGCGACGGCGACGUGGGGGGGGGGGGACGCACAGAGGUGGAUCUUGAAUUUGGCUGCCAGUAGGACAUCGGCGGUCGUGAGGAACGGACGCGAGUAGAAGGUGAAGGAGAAAGGACGAAGAGAGAAUAAGAAGAAGAGGAGAGGGAAUAUUUAUUACAAUACUCUCUCUUCUUAACGAUUAAUUACGAGAUAUACUGUUGAUCUUAUCUCAAACAAUCGUAUUAUUAUUUAUUAUUACGCCGAUACGUUGCGAACGUUUCUUCGAUUUUUUUUUUCUUUUGUGUUCAUUUAACUAAAUAUCAGUGUUAUUAGAUCGCAUAAAUCACGACGAAAUCGUUACGGAUAUUUUUAACGAAGAUCGAUCAAUUGAUAUCGAUCGUUUGAUCGAUCGAUCGAUCGUGUGUCUCCUCGUCGUUAUCUCAUCUGUGUGCAGUGUACGUGCUUGUGUGUCCUCCGUGCGCUCGUUCCUUCGUUCGUGAAUUUGUGCGUUUGUGGGAGGAGUGCGCACGAAAGAAGAAGGAAGGACAUUUUAUAUUAUCAUUCGCAAUAUUAUCAUCGAUUGUGAUCAUUCAAGACAGUGGCUUUUAUUUUUCUUUUCUUUUCUUUUCUUUUCUUUUCUUUUCUUUUUUUCUUUUUUUCUCUUCUUUCACUCUGUGUCGCGCGUCGUCCCUUCGAUAAAUGAGAUUUUUCUAUCGAAGAGAAAAUCAAGCGGACGAAGUUCGUUAUCGUCGAUUAUAAAAGAACAACGACGACGACGACAACGACGACAACGACGACGACGACGACGACGACAACGACAACGACGACGACAUCAUCAUCAAUUUUUUACCAUAGGAAUUAUAUUUCUGUGCUACGGUCACACGUCUAUGUGUUUAUCAUAGUGUUUCAUCAUAUAAAACGUUCUUGGACAUGAAAUUAAAUUAUCCGGACGUCAUGCCAAUUACGAGGAUCAUCGUUUUCUUCGCCCUAUGCAUCGCGCCUAUCGCAAAAGCAGGCGAGGGUGCCCAAUAUUUUCGUUUCAAGCCGAGAAAUAGUUCCGUGCUUGAACGUGGCGAGGUGAUAAUACCCUGCGAGGUCGAGAAUAGGGUCGGCAUCGUUCAGUGGGUCAAAGACGGCUUUGCUUACGUCGUACAACCGAUGAGUGGCCAGAUCGUUGGUCAUCCGAGAUUAAGACUGAUCGGCGAUCAAAAUGCAGGAGUUUAUAAUCUUCAAAUUACCGAUGCAUCCUUAACCGACGAUGGAGAAUAUCAGUGUCAGGUUGGACCACAUAUACGCGUCAAGCCGAUCCGUGCGAACGCUCAUCUCACCGUUAUCUCGCCACCGCAAAAGGUCGAGAUAAGUAGUCACAUGUAUAAGAAAAAAAUGGAUGGGGGAAGUGGUCACUCGAGUAAGAAAAAGAUCGAGGUAAAAGUUGGAGAAUCGACGCGUUUGGAAUGCGUCGUAAGAUCGGCUAAACCAGCUGCUACGAUUGUUUGGUAUCGUGGAAACGUUCAAAUCAAAGGCGGCGAUACCAGUAUUACGCCGAUAUCAAUCGAGGGUGACAAGGAGAUGCUGAAGCCCGGUUUGAUAACGAAGAAACUUCUCAAAUACGAUACCCACGGAUCUAUCACGAUCGUCCCCACUGCCGACGAUGAUGAGAUGGAUUAUACCUGCGAAGCCAAUCAUCCAGCAAUUCCCAUUAAUCGUCCGAUGCGGGCGACCAUCAAACUCUCCGUUUUCUAUCCACCAGGCAUGCCGUACAUCGAGGGUUACACAGAGGGUGAAACCGUACAACGCGAUCAACAAGUGGAGCUCACCUGUCGAUCGAGGGGUGGAAAUCCACCUGCCCAAAUCGUUUGGUUUAGAAAUGACCAACAAGUCACGACGGAAUAUCGUUCAGAAGGUAGCCUAUCGGAGAGUAUAUUAUCGUUCAAGGCUAUGGCACAAGACGACAAGGCACGAUACAGAUGCGAGGUGUCCAAUAUCAUGAGCGUUGAACCCAUGAAAGUCCACGUUGACCUCACUGUACUUUUCGUACCAGCGGGCGUGAUAAUCACCGGGCCGACCGAAGCAAAGGCAGGCGAACAAGUAGUGAUUACUUGCACAACAGAGAACUCAAACCCACCGGCGGAUAUAAAGUGGUCGGUAGACGGUCGGAACUUUGAGAAUAGCACGUCGAAAACAGAACCGGCGUCUCAGGGUGGUUGGAUCACAACUUCGAAUGUGACUUUCAGUAUAAAUCACAAGAGUAGAAGCAUCGUUGUUAUCUGCCACGCGUCGAAUGCGAAACUUGCUGAGAACGUGGUUGGCACACAUACUAUCAAUGUCAUCUAUCCACCCUCGAACCUCUUCGUCACUGGUUAUGAAGAGGGUACAACUAUAGACGCCGGCACGGUAUUAAGACUUCAAUGCACAGCCACCGCUGGUAAUCCACUGGCAACUCUGACGUGGUAUAAAAACGAUAGAAAGAUUCUUGGUACUUCUAGAACGAGAGAUCAAGCUGUAUCCAGUGAAUUAGCGAUACUGGUUAAUGCAUCGGAUAACAAUGCACACGUUAGAUGCGAAGCAACCAAUUCGGCAACCGAGAUACCACUGAUGAAAACAUUGAUAUUGAAAGUCAAUUUUCCACCCGAAAAAGUGAAGAUCACGCGAGACCCGCAAGAUUUUCAUGCAGGUCAGGAAGGUCGUAUUAUAUGCGAAUCGAGCAGUAGCAAUCCAGCGGCCGAAAUGUCAUGGUGGAAGGGUGGAAUAUCGGUACCGUCGACGAAAAAUGGUACCAAAUCUGGUCUACACGGUGGUUACCUAUCUUAUGUGGAAUUGUCAUUGGAUUUAACCGAGGAGAUGAAUUGCGAGGUUUACACCUGUCAAGCUAGAAACGCUCAGAUGGAAAGAUCAAUACACGACGCUAUAACGUUACACGUUUUAUAUAAGCCGAUAUUUUCAACACUGGAUCCUUACGAAUUAACCGGUAUGGAAGGUGAACCAUUCGUAAUAUCCGUAUCAGCAACUGGAAAUCCUAAUUUGAUAACUUAUACAUGGACGAGAGAUGGUUUACCAUUGAGUAGUAGCGGUAAAAGGAUAACCGCACGUGGUCCAACGUUGAAUAUAACAAAAUUGGAACGUUACGACGCAGGAACUUAUACGUGCGAAGCCAUUAACGAGGAAGGGACUACGUUUUAUCCAUUGAAUUUGACCGUCCAAUAUCCGGCGAAAAUUUUACGAACGUCAAUGUCCGGCACCGUAUAUCCACCUGGAAUCGAGGCUAAAUUGUUUUGCGAGGUCGAUGGUAGCCCGAUAGGUGAUGAAUACGUGACCUGGCAGAAAGUAGGCUCAAACACAGAAUUACCAGGAAGAUAUUCAACGUCUUUUGCAAACAAAACGUCGUAUCUUCAUAUCGAACAUCCGGAUCAGGAAGACGUUGGGGAAUAUCGGUGCAAAGUUAACAAUGGAAUUGGCAAUGCCACCUCUAAACCGAUUUUAUUCAUAACCAAUUUUAAACCGGAGAUGAUGAAUACACCGCUUACGAGAAAGGCAGCGGCAAAUAAAGGAAUAAAUGCGCCGUUAUAUUGUAAAGCACGUGGAUCCCCAUUGCCACGUUUCACGUGGAUUUUCAACGGUAGAACAUUAUUGCCUAACGCGACGGAACACAAAUAUAGCAUAACCCAUAGCGACUUGUCCGAAUUAACGUCCGAGUCAACGUUGACGAUAUUCCACGUGAAGUCUCACGAUUACGGGAAAUAUGAGUGUCGUGCGGAAAAUAAAAUGGGCCAAUCGAUCGAUACAAUACAUUUGGAUGUAACGUCACCGCCUGACAAACCCUCAGAUUUGGAGGUUUACAAUGUUACCCAUGAUUCCGUAACGUUGACCUGGAAAAGGGGAUUCGAUGGUGGCCUACCAACGUCACAUCAAAUAAGAUGGAGACAAGCGUUGGAUUAUGAGAGCCGUUAUAGAUAUUUAGAUGUUUUACCGGGCGAAUAUAAAGCUGUAAUAUGCGGCCUAACACUCGGAACAUAUUACGUCUUUAGCGUGAAAGCUAUAAACGAAAAGGGCGAAAGCAGUUUUUUGCCCGAUCUUGUCAAGGUCCAAACAUUACGACCGAAUAACGUGGAAAACCUGCCAGACGUCCUCUUGGAAAGAGGGGACUUCCCAAUGAAUUAUAUCUAUACGUUCGCAGCAACCUCCGCCAUCUUUUUUAUCGUUAAUCUCUUCAUCAUGUUGUGGUACAUUGUGCGAAAGCGAAAUAAAGCUCGAUUAAACAAGUCGCAGACAGCUGAUAUGUAUGCCCCAUCGACCGUCAACGGUGACACUAUGACCGGCGAAUUAAGUUCCGUGUCCGAUGAGAAGAGCGACGUUAACUUCGACGCUAAUGAUUACGUGGACGAAGGACGAAAGACUGCAGCUAGUACAUAUUUAAUCGAUCAAACUAUGCAGGAUUUCGGGAAGGGUAGUUUAGAGAUGCAGGUACAUCAUCAAGGGACACUCGGUCGUCGAGGUAACCACGUGCCAGUAAUGAGUAUGGAUUCACCACCACAAAGAACAACAGCCAGUGGGACACUCUCGGUUUCGAAGUCGAGUUACAUCGGGAAUCCAAGUCCUGCGCCGCCCAACGACGUAAGCUUCUACAGUGUGGAAAUGGACAACGGCCGUUAUAUGGGAUAUGAGCCGAAUUCGAGCCCGGCACCGACAAUGGGCGAUCCGGGCUCGGGCAAUUAUUACCCUACCAUGCCAACAACGGGGGGACAUACGGGGCAACAUGCGAGCGCUGGUGGAACGGGUACGUUGACGCGUACCAGAACACUACCGCGCCCUGUACCACCCCCGGAUGUUACCGUGAUGACGGCGGGUACGAAAUCACUGAUACCACCCUCCGUACCACCGCCGCCGGCUACGUUUGCACGUGCGAACAACAACGGUGCACACAAUCAUGGUCACCCAUUAUCAACGUUCACACCGACGCCGGCCUAUUCCGACAUUGACGGCCAUCUUGUUUGAGGCUCACCGAUAUUCGGCCCAAGUUCGGUACGUGGUAAAUACCAUGCCGUACCUAGGGACGAAACAAGUUUGCCCGUAACCGAAAGGAGCACGCGACUUUAGGCACGGGUCUAAUAAAUAAAUAUUAUUUCAUUCAGAGACGAACUGAAAUUGGUCAGUAAUCUUAAGGGAAAGAAAAAAAAAACAGAGAGAAAGAGAGAGAGAGAGAGAGAGAGAGAGAGAGAGAGAGAGAGAGAGAGAGAAACUUUGAUUAAAGAGACGUCGAUUAUUAACAUCGUUAAUAUCGAAGCAAUGAAUGAUUAUUACAACAACAACAACAACAACAACUACUACUGCUACUACUAUUAUUACCACUACUACUACCACUAUUACUAUUACUACUACUAUUACUACAACUAUCACCUACUACUACUAUUACUACUACUACUACUACUACUACUACUACUACUACUACUAUUACUAUUAUUACGUUGCUUCUAUUCGCGUGUUACUUUCUUACGUUUACUCGGUUGUGCACGAUUGAACAGUUUUGCCGAUUACGGUAAAUCGUUAUUUGAUAAUGACACAGAGAAAGAUAGAAAGAAAGAGAGAGAGGGAGAGAGAAAGAGAAAGAGAAAGAGAGAAAUCAUUAAAUUGUACUGAUCAAAGUGCGACAAAUUAAUAUCGGUGGUUUAAUUAAAUAAAAAAAUAUGUGGCUUACGUGUGUAAAUAAUGUGACGAUGAUGGUGUUUUGGGCGUAGGAAAACUAUUUCGGAUCGGAUGGGACCCGAAUACGAUUAUUAUUGUUUACAAGUAUCAUCAUUUAAGAAGGACGAAGACGUGUUCGUGAUAACAAUAUGCGCGUGGACGAUUAGAUGUAGUUGCAUUUGCAUAUCAUAAAAAUCGUUCGUGCUUUAAUCGUCGAUAUCAUCGAACUGGCCGGAGUCGUCGAUCUUUACCGAGAAACUGGCAUCCUGGACACGCUGUGUAUGUGUGUACAUGUACGUGUGUGUGUGUGUGUGUGUGUGCGUGCGCACGUAUGCGUGUGUGCGUGUGUUUGUUUCGCGUGUAUGCGUCAACGUACGUAUGUGUAUGUGGUAUGCGUUUUAUUCGUAUGUAUGCGUGUGUUCAAACAUGCUAAUACGGAUUCUUUAUCUUCUCCGAGUGUAGUGAUAGAACAACAAAACAAAACAAAACAAAACGAAACAAAAAUAAUAAAAAAAGAAACUUACUCGAUUCCGAUCUCGACGAUCGUUUACGUCAUAAUCUAGCGAUCGUCGAUAUCGAUCAUUAAGAGUUUAACUCAUUAAAAAAUUUUAUAGUAUUAUUUACGGUUCGAUGAUGCAACGGGAGAACUCUUUUUUUCUUUUUUCUUUUUCUUUUCUUUUCUUUACUUUUUGUUUUUUUUUUGACUGGCUGGCUGGCUACUGUAAGAAGAAAGAAAGAAAGAAAGAAAGAAAGAAAAAAAGAGAAAGAAUGAGAGAAAGAAAGAAAGAAAGAAAGAAAGAAAUGACAAAUUUAAUAGUUAAGGUGACAACGUCAUUUUCAAAAUCGAUCAAUCGUGUAUACGUAAACAAAAACAAGGAUAAACGAAAAAUAGUUUUUCUUCAUCAAUUUUUGACUAAGAUCGGCCUAUUUUUUGCACGAAUGGUGUGGGUAUUUUGAGACUCGUCAUCUGAGAUUCCCUAAUUCCUAUCUUAAUCCCUACACCCUUAACCCAUCAACAACGACCCUCUCAACAUUCCUCUCGGGUUUUUUUUCUUUUUUUCUCCUUUUUUUUUUUAUUCUUUUUCUUCUUCUUCUUUAUCUUUUUGUUUUUUUGUUUUUUUUUUCUUUUUCGUUUUUCUAGUAAGCAAUACCUCUCGAAGAGAUUUAUUAAAAGCAAACGAAAAUGAAAAAGAGAAAGUAAUCCGUUCGAUUACAACGAUGGUGAUAAUUUGCACCAUAGAAAUUGAUAUGUGUAAUCUGACUCUUUACGAUCUGUCAGUGUACGUGGCAUAUGCCUACGCGUAAUAUCUGUCAUUAAGAGUGAAAUAAAAGGAAAAGAAGAGAAUACAAAAGAAAAAGAAAAAAAGAAAAAAAAAAAAAAAGAAAAAAAAAAAGAAAAAA